AUUGUAGUUUCCGGUUGACAAAUUAUGCAGGAUUUUGUGAUAUUUUAGCGUGGAUUCAGUGUUUCUUGUGAUUUUUACACCAAAAUGGAUUGGCAAUUAACAUGCCGAGUAUGUUUGGAAACUGGUGAUAUGGUAUCUUUGUUCGAUUGGGAUGAAAAUAAUGAACAACUCGGUGACAAGUACACUUACUGCUGUGGCGUGGAGGUGACGAAAAAUGAUUCUUUGCCCACGCUUAUCUGUUUGAACUGCGUGGACCGCCUAACAUUCGCGUUUCAGUUCAAACAACAGUGUUUGUCGUCGAACGACACUUUGAAAGAAUGUCUCGAGGAGUUUAUGAGGAGCUCUGCCGCUGUGACGGCUUCUUCUUCGUCUAAUAAAACCGUGACCGAAACAGAAACCAUAAGCAUAAAGCAAGAAAACGGCCUGCUGUUGCAAUAUGAGCUGCCUGUGGAGCAUGAUCCGCAGAUCCAGUGGACUCGAACACUGACCAAGACCCCCAACAAUGCCGUGGUGACUAAGGCUCCGAAGCAAAGGGGCAGGGGACGGCCGAGGAAGUAUCCUAACAAGCAGGGUCAGAUUGAUGUUUCUCCAUACCAACGCAAGAAGCAGAAGGAACCGCAGAAGGAGCAAGAAUCACUCACAUCACUGUUGGCAUCUGGCUCCCUGGAUCUGAAGCAGGAACCUGGGGAUGGGGAGGAUGAUGAACCAUUUGACAGUGCUGACUUUGCUGGGGGUGAUGAUCCUGAUUUUGAACCCGAAGAAGAAGCAGAGUCUGAUGGAGGCUCGAAAAAAGAGUCGGCAACGCCACGCAAACGGGGUCGACCUCGCAAGGUGGCGGCGGAGAAAGCUGAAGAAGCAGACGAUGGUGAAGACAUGCUGCUCAAGGAAACCAUCAUGGCCUUCUCCGAGCCCAUCCCAGACCAUAUCCUCAACCCGAAGCCGAAGCAGAAGUAUCCCAGCAAGAAGAGAUAUGUCUAUGAGAAAACGCAUACUUGCGAGACUUGUGGCUCCUCGUUCACGUCUAACGCGUCCCUGCAGGCCCAUAUCCGACGCCAUUUGGGCAUCAAACCGUUUGUUUGCAGCGUAUGUGGCUAUUCCUGCGUGAUGAAAGAAGCACUAAAGCGGCACAUGCUUCGGCACACUGGAGAAAGGCCAUACAAGUGCCGUAUAUGCGACCGGCGCUUCGGAGACUUCGGUACUCGACAGAAGCAUGAGAGGUUGCACAUGGGAGUCCGUCCGUACCAAUGCUCGCUGUGUGGCAAGGCUUUCACCUACUCGUACGUGUUGGCUAACCACAUGCUGACACAUACUGGCGAGAAGAAAUAUUCAUGCGAACCAUGCAACAAGAAGUUCACAAAAGCCCACCACCUGAAGUAUCACAACAAGGUGCACCACCAAGAGCUCUACAUCCAGCAACAGCUCGAGCUGGAAGCCAAGAAGAUCAGACAGCAGAUCAAUGUGUCCGGUCUGUCUGGUGUUCUGUCCGGGCAGAUUGUAGAUGGCACUCUGCAGCUUAUACAGACUAAUGAGGAAGAUGGCGAGCAGGAGCUGCAGAUGCACGUGGUGGAGGAGGCGGAACAUGAAGACAGCGAGGCCAAAGAGACCGACCGCGCCGUCGCCGGCAUGCAAGCGGUGGUGUUAGACAGCGAAUUCUCUAUGGAAGAUGACGACAAGACACAGUAAAUAAUAGAAUCACUAGGUAAUAUUAAAUAAUCUGUUAGAAUAGUUAGACACAAUAAAAGUAAAACCCCGUGUAAUACACAACCAUUAUGAUUGUUGCCAAUAAUCUUCAUUAGAUGGUUCACAGGAUUGCUUCCCUGUAGUGGCCAUGUGAUUAUAAUUAUUUGUCUGUAUAAUCGUAUUCAAUGAGGAGGCACAUUCAAAGGUUAUGGUAGACGGCGCCACCUUAUUAGUCCAUUGCACAGAUAAAGAAUUUCAUACGUGAGGGCGAGAAGAUGAUAUUUUUUUCUCUCUCUCACAUGAAUGACAGUGACAUGUCUAGACACUUGCACAGGCGCCGCCUGGCGGGAUAUAAUGUCAGUGUGCCUCUUUAUUGCAUCUACAGAUGUACAUAAUAGAUUUCCAUCGUAUUUUUCGGAACCUAUAUUUGUCGUGCUAGUUCGGCCAACAUUAGUACUUCUUGUACUGAGACUGAUUGAGGUGACAUGGCACGUUCGUGAGUUUCCGUCAAAAUACGAAGGACAACAUUUUGUACUACAUCUUAAACACCUGCAAAAUCAUAAAUAUCUGAGCACGACUCUAAUAUUACAUACAUACAUACAAUCACGCCUGUGUCCCAUAAAGGGGUAGGCAGAGCACAUGAACUACUCAAGUUUCAGUGCCACUCUUGGCAAAAAGAGGUUGAAAGAAAACUAAAAUUGUGACAUUGCAGUGACAGGUUGCCAGCCUCGCCUACGCCACAAUUUUAACCCAUAUCCCACAGUCGGCUUCUACGACACCCACGGGAAGAAAGGGGGUGGUGAAAUUCUAAACCCGGCACCACACGGGCACUCUAAUAUUAUGAGCAUAAAAGCGCGUUCAGAUGUUUUGGAAUGAGUUACAAAGCGACAGUAGAAAUAAAUAUUCAAGACCAAAUUCAGUUUUAUUUAGAUUCCUUUAGGUACAAAAUUGUAACGAAUUUGUAAUUACUAUAAAGUUAUUGUACGGUUAUUGUAUAUUCCUGUAAAUUCCUCGUGAUGGCGAAUUUUUAACCAAUUAUCAUUAGUAAGACUUUUAGUUUUAAUUUUUGUGUAGUAAAUCUCUUAACAUGAAAUGAAAAAUUUGGGUCAAUAAACUAAUCCAUAUUUUAUGAUUUUUAUCAGUAUCCAAAAUUAUUUAACAUCUUUAAUCAGUUCCCGAAAUGGCACAUUGUAUGUAUUUUAUAAAAAUCUAGUUAUAUUCUAUCUAGGUAAUAUCAAACAUGACAUUUUAAAACAUUUGUAAAUGUUCACUUGCCUUUUAUCACUUUGAAUAUCGUACUUUUAUUUUAUGAAAUAAGUAAAUACCUAAAUUUAGGUAUGUUAUGUAUUGACGUAGUGUAAAGAAAUUAUUGUAUAUUGUCGGUUACUGUUAUACUAGUAUGUCUGUAACUUUUAAAUAAUACAAUCAUGG